ACACGUAGAGAAUCGUUUAUAUCUCGGUCGCUACAUGUAUAUACCUAAAAUGGAAUGGAAUAGAAUAUGGUCGAUAUAUUCAUGCGGAUCUACUGAUAUUUAGUCACACCUCUUCUAGCCGUUCUAGCAGCUUUUAGUACACCUAUCCCAGAAAACAAUUUUACACGACUAGAAACGUAGUCGAAGUUUUUGGAAAUUCAGCCUCCUAGAAAAUACAUCAAAUUCGAUAUUCUUCAGUGCAAAAUUAUAACCACCCAAAAAAUUAACGACAUAGAAUGGCCACCACGCUGAUUAAUUACCUUAAAAAAAAAGGACGCCACACGGGACCAUUGUAUCGUCAGGGUAGCGUGGUUCGUUCGGCUACAGUAGACGACAAUUCCACCGAAUCGAAGACAGCGCCAAGAUACCAGAAUACCUACCGACUGGAAUCUUACAAACCUUUCAACGUUGAUAUGGUCGAUAAAAUAAUCAAACAAGUAAUGAUAAAUAAUUUAGAAGAUAUCGUUUACGAUCCUAAAGAGUGUCCAAGGUUGUGCGGUGAGAUAAGCGAGGAUAUUCGUGACAGAAUAAAGAGAUUGAAUUUUGACAGGUACAAAAUCGUCGUUAUCGUAACGAUAAACGAAAAAGCGAGUCAAGCGAUUCAAUCCUCGAUGAGAUUUAUUUGGGACGUUGCAAGAGACAAUUAUUCAACUUUCACAUUCGAGACUAGAACAUUUUUCGCAUAUUGCUGUGUAUUCGGUGUAUAUUACGAGUGAUUUGUAAAAUUAAAAUCAUUCCGCACGUA